AUGUCUCCCAGGAAUGAUCCAACAUUCGACAAGGCUCGGCAUAUUAAGUACUGGAAGCGAAAUGCAGAUCUACUACCAGAAGCCUACACCUCUGGGGAUGCAGCACGCAUGUCUUUGGGCUUCUUCAUCGUUGCUGCCCUCGACCUUCUAGGCGUCCUCGAUACACUAGUAUCAGAAGAGGAGCGGAUCGCAUGGAUAGAUUGGAUUUAUUCACUCCAGGUGCCCUCUGGGGGCUUCAGAGGCUUCUCUGGCACCAAUUUGGGCAGCCAGCGAAACAUUUUCAAUCUCCACUGGGACCCUGCGAACCUUCACAACACUUAUAUGGGCCUCGUUGCCCUUUUGGUCUUAGGCGACGACUUGGGAAGAGUGAAGAGGACAGAAUGCCUACGGUGGGUGAAGCAGCUACAGAAGUCCAAUGGUUGUUUUGGGGAAAUGGUUGGGGAGGAUAAUGUGGCACUCGGCAAAGACGACCUGAGGAGCUCCUAUUGUGCUGCCGGAAUCAUCUACAUUCUUGGGUCCGAGACCGACAAUGAACAAUGGCUGGACAAAGAGGGGGUACUCAGGUACGUGUCAAACUGUCAGGACACUGAAGGCGCCUUUGGCCAGGCAUGGCUGCGCGAAGCUCAUGCAGGACUGAAUUUCUGUGCAAUGGCGACGUUAGGGUGUCUUGACCGCAUCUACGGCUCUGAAACUUCUGACAGAAGCGUUUUUCUUUCGCCGUUGCUGCAGCUCGACGCAAAUCUGGGUUGGAUGCUGCAGCGACAGACAACAUGGGUUGACGAUCAAGACAGCGACGAUGAGGACGCGGACGAUGACGAGGAAGCUUCUACGCCAGUUACACCUCACAUAUCGGCCGGAUUCAGUGGACGCUGCAAUAAGAUGGCGGAUACGUGCUAUUGCUUCUGGAACGUAGGCGCCAUGGCCUUGCUGCGGAGGGAGAGUCUGGUGGGCGUUGAGGCUUUGAAAACAUACUUGUUUGGCAGUACACAACACCUCAUCGGCGGGUUUUCUAAGACUCCCGGGGCUGUGCCAGACUUGCUGCAUGCAUACACAGGACUUGCAGCGCUCUCAGUGGUCGGACAAGAGGGUCUCAAGGAAUUUGACCCUGUCCUAUGCGUGAGCCGGGGCACGCGAGAUAGACUUGACGCAAUCCGCCGGGCUCGUGCACCAAUAUAG